AUGUAUGCAAUUUCUCUUUCACUCUGAGGAGGCGUCAACCCUUUCUCGUCUAAAUACAAGUCAGGGUUAGUGUGGAUUUCAGCAAGAGCACGGAAAGAGUAAUAGCGUGCAAAGGAUUUUGGGUGUACUAGGAAAAUCCAAGCAUAUCAGUGCUUAAUUGACAUCAGGAAAAAGAAAUCAAAUUUCAAAGAUGAAAGACGAAUUUGAAGUUGGCGAUCUUCCGAGUAAGGACACCAAUAACAUCCAUAAAAAAUGGACAACCAACUCUCUAUUGUUGGCGUGCUUUUUGGUAGCUGUCAUCGUCGGUGUCCUGUGCACGGUGUUGACUUUCUUCUUGCAUCCCCAGUACAGUCCAGAUGGAAGAGGGAUGAUGUCCCCAUUUGUGGGUAACCCGACCACAGCAGAACCAAGGGAACCGACCACAACACAACCAAGGGAACCAACCCGGGCACCAAGUGUGGUUCCGACGGGAGAUGGUACUGAUCCCAUGCCACCGUACCCAUCGUCGACCGAGGAACCAGAGGAACCGUCGCACAUGGUGCGGAUCAAUUGCCUUCCUGAUCGCGAUCUCCAAGGUUCACCUGAAGAUAUCUGUAGGGAUAGACGGUGCCUGUGGAUGCCCACGGAUGCACCUGAUCAGCCGGAUUGCAUUUAUCCAAACGAUUAUCCUACAUAUAACGCCAUUCGAAAAGAAACCUUUCCUUGGGGAAUGAGGAUCCGGCUAGACAGGGACGCUGAUGGACAUUCAUUCUUCGGAGAAGAUGUUCCCGCUUUAGCCGUGGAUAUUGAACACCAGACCGAAAACCGUCUCCACUUUAAGAUUUAUGACCCCUCAAAUAGUCGAUUUGAAGUUCCCGUGGAGAUGCCAACACGUCCAGCAGAAAAGGCCGAAAAUCCUAACUAUGACAUCACGUAUACCAACAAUCCGUUCACAUUGAAGAUUACCCGGAAGUCCACCGGAGAAGUCCUUUGGGAUACCUCGAUUGGUGCACUCAUAUUUGAGGAUCAGUUUUUGAGCAUCUCCACCCGACUGCCGUCGACAAACAUUUACGGAUUGGGAGAAAGUGAACACCAUAGCUUCAGACACGAUAUGAACUGGAUAACAUGGGGUUUAUUCUCCAGGGACCAGCCCCCUUCGUACAAAGGGAAUCUGUACGGAGUCCAUCCAUUCUACAUGUGCGUUGAGAACGACGCUAACGCACAUGGUGUACUGCUUCUAAACUCAAAUGCACAAGACUACACGUUGCAGCCAACCCCAGCCCUGACAUACCACACAAUUGGAGGAGUUCUAGACUUCUACAUGUUCCUUGGUCCAAACCCAGAGUCUGUCGUCAGUCAAUAUACUGAGGCCAUCGGUAGACCAAUGCUGCCGCCAUAUUGGUCCCUUGGCUAUCAGCUUUGUCGAUACGGUUAUGGAAAUCUUUCAAACGUCCAGGAAGUGGUCGAAUCCAUGCGUCGGUAUCAAAUUCCACACGAUGUCCAAUAUGGAGAUAUUGAUUACAUGCAUCGUCAGCUUGACUUCACCAUCCAUCCUGAAAAUUACAUAGGUCUCGGAGAUUGGGUUGAUUCUUUGAAGCCAGAAGGGACGAGAUACAUCAUCAUCCUUGACCCAGCCAUUUCAGCGAACGAAACAGCAGAUUACUACCCAACCUACCAACGCGGGGUCGACAAUAAAGUUUUCAUCGAAGACGAAAGCGGAGCGAUACAGUUCGGAAAGGUAUGGCCCGACUACCCGGAUGUUACUGACAUUGACACAUCUUUACCCUGGGAAGAACAAGUCGAGAAAUACCGUGCCUAUGCUGCCUUUCCUGAUUUUAGGAAGCAAUCGGCCCAAGAGUGGUGGGCAAAUGAAGUAAGCAUGUUCCACGAAAGGGUUGCAUUUGAUGGCAUCUGGAUAGAUAUGAAUGAACCUGCAAGUUUUGUGCAUGGCUCGGUGGACGGUUGCCCAGAUAAUAAAUACGACAAUCCUCCAUUCAUGCCUGAAAUUUGGGGACCAACCAUAUACGAUAAAACAAUUUGCAUGAACUCCGUACAGCAUGUGACGUACGGCAUGAAGGACAUCCAGUACAACAUGCACAGCCUUUACGGAUGGAGUCAAACAGAACCAACGCUACAGGCGGCGCAAAAUGUGACAGGAGAGAGAAGUCUCGUCAUCUCACGAUCAACCUUCCCUAGCAGCGGCAAACAUACCGGUCAUUGGCUCGGAGACAAUGCUUCGAUAUGGCCUCAUCUAUAUUACUCUAUAAUUGGUAUGCUGGAGUUCAACCUGUUUGGUAUUCCGUAUAUCGGUGCCGAUAUAUGUGGUUUCUUUGACGACACAACAGAGGAUCUUUGUCGUAGGUGGCAUCAAGUCGGAGCCUUCUAUCCAUAUGCUAGGAAUCAUAAUGGUUUAGGGUAUAUGCCUCAACACCCGGCACAUUUUGGUGAGGAGUUUGCCUUGGAGGUGCGCGAUGUACUUCUAAUCAGAUACCGUCUCCUCCCAUACCUCUACACACUGUUUUACCAUGCCCAUACCAAGGGAUCGACUGUAGUCAGACCUAUGUUGCACGAGUUCACUUCUGAUUCAAACACAUGGAACAUUGACAGGCAGUUCUUAUGGGGACCUGCUCUUCUGAUUUCCCCUGUAUUGGAACCAGAAACAACAAGCGUAAAGGCAUACUUUCCUGUUGCUCGAUGGUAUGAUUACUAUACUGGUAUGGAAUUGUCCCACGACAUGCUCGCCGUUGGUGGCGGUGUAACGCUAGACGCUCCAUUGGAUUACAUCAACCUUCAUGUUAGAGGCGGCUGCAUUAUUCCGACCCAGACCCCUGACAACUCGACCAUGUUCAGUCGAAGGAACGAGUUUGGUCUCAUCAUCGCCUUGGAUGACGAGAUGGAAGCAAGUGGUGAUCUCUUCUGGGAUGACGGUGAUUCCAUCGGUACCAUUAUGAACGAACAAUACUACAUGUUCCACUACGUGUUCACAAAUGAUAUGUUGACGGCAGACAUAGCCCAUUCAUACGGAAACUUGAUGGACAAUCUUUUUAUGGAUCAUAUGAUGAUCUAUGGCUUGAAGGAGGAACCCACUCGUAUCGUAGUGACAGAUUAUGAUAUCGUUAAGGAGAUUAGUACCUUCACGUUCAAUCAGGAAACUAUGGCUCUGAAUGUAACUGGAAUUAAUCACGCCAUGGAUACUGGAUUCACCCUUAAAAUCAUUAAUUAUCGAUCAGUCAUGGCGAAGGACGACUUUGAAUCUCUCCGGUCGGAAGCAGAAAAGAAAUCUACAGGAUGGACGAAUCCUCAGGUGAUUGCUCUGGUCCUCGUCGCCAUCUCCUGCGCGGCAAUACUUUGCACCACCCUCACGUUCUUUCUUCAUCCUGACCAAACAGUCGAUGGCGAUGUCCCCCCGUUCGACCCCUUCCCCACUGACCCUGAUGAGAUGACCAUCGUGGAGCGCAUCAACUGCUACCCGGAUCGGAAUGCAGGCGAGGCCGAGCGGAUCUGCUUGGAACGUGGGUGCGAAUGGCAACCGACGGUCGUCGACGGGGCCCCUUAUUGCUUCUUCCCGAGGGGGCAUGGCACGUAUCGUCUCGUUCUGGAACAAGAACAGACAUGGGGGAUGAGGUUGACGCUGGAGAGGGAAACAUACGCCCCUUCCUUCUUUGGUCAAGACAUCCAAACUCUCACACUUGACAUCGAAUACCAGUCCCGCAAUAGGCUCCAUUUCAAAUUUUACGAUGCCUCUAACACUCGUUUUGAAGUUCCCAUCCCGCUACCACCCAGCCCAACUGAAGGAGCACUAAACACCGACUACGACAUCACAUAUACCGUUCGCCCUUUCACAAUCAAAAUCACACGAAAAUCAACGGGAGAAGUAUUAUGGGAUACGUCAAUUGGAGCUCUGAUAUUUGAAGACCAAUUUCUAUCAAUUUCGACUCGGUUGCCUUCCUCCAAUCUCUACGGCUUUGGGGAAAGUGAGCAUCGAAGCUUUAAGCAUGACAUGAAUUGGCGGACAUGGGGUCUUUUCGCCCGGGACCAGCCGCCUGGCGAUGAUAUCAAUCUGUAUGGUGUCCAUCCUUUCUACAUGAAUGUGGAGUAUGAUGGAAAUGCACAUGGUGUUCUUCUCUUCAAUCUGAACGCACAAGAUUUUACGGUCCAGCCAACCCCUGCUUUGACCUAUCGCACAGUCGGUGGAAUUUUGGACUUUUACAUGUUUCUCGGGCCAACACCAGACCAAGUUAUUCAACAGUACACAGAGUUGGUCGGCCGUCCGAUGAUACCUCCAUAUUGGGCUUUGGGUUACCAUCUAAGCAGAUAUGGUUAUGACAAUCUGGACAAUCUACAGGAAGUUGUGGCGAGAAUGAGGGAAUAUGACAUUCCUCACGAUGUUCAAUACAGUGACAUUGAUUACAUGAAGAGGAAUCUGGACUUCACCUUGGAUGAGGAGAAUUUCGGUGGUUUAGGAGAGUUCGUAGAAUCCAUCAAAGCAGAAGGCACAAGAUAUAUAAUAAUGUUGGACCCAGCAAUUUCAGCCAAUGAAACUGGUUAUGAGCCUUAUGAUCUCGGUGUUGAAAACGAUGUCUUCAUCAAAGACGAAUUUGGUGAUUUGAGAUACGGAAAGGUGUGGCCAGACUACCCCAAUAUCACCGUUAACAAUUCCGUUGACUGGGAUACAGGCGUCAGGCUCUAUCGUGCAUACGCAGUAUUCCCAGACUAUAGGAAACAAGCAACGAAAGACUGGUGGAUAGACCAAAUAACAAAAUUCAAGGAGAUCAUUAAUUUUGAUGGUCUCUGGCUGGACAUGAACGAACCAGCUAACUUUGUCCAUGGUUCAGUCGAUGGGUGCAGCGAGAACACGUAUGAUUUCCCGCCAUAUGUUCCUCGUAUUUCAGGAGGAGGGCCGAUUUAUGAUAAGACAAUCUGCAUGAAUUCUGUUCAGCAAUUCGAUGAUAAUUGGAAGGAGAACCACUACAAUAUGCACAGCCUCUACGGAUGGAGUCAAACUAUUCCGACAGUCGAUGCUGUACAACAGUUGACUGGGUUGAGGAGUCUGGUUGUUACGCGGUCCACGGUACCUAGCAGCGGGACUAACUCUGGCCACUGGCUGGGAGACAAUGGUUCAAACUGGCCCCAACUUAGAUACUCCAUUAUUGGAACACUUGAAUUCAAUCUCUUUGGAGUUCCCCAUGUUGGGGCUGAUAUUUGCGGUUUUUUCAACGACAGCCCAGAAGAUCUCUGCCGCAGAUGGCAUCAAGUGGGGGCGUUCUACCCAUAUGCCAGAAAUCACAAUGGGAUCAGAUAUCAGGCUCAGGAUCCCGGCUUCUAUGGAGCAGAAUUUGCUGUCAGUAUUCGGGAUUUGCUUCACAUAAGAUAUAGAAUGCUCCCAUACCUGUAUACCCUCUUUUACCACGCCCACACGCAAGGGUCUACCGUCGUCCGGUCUCUGAUGCACGAAUUCACACAUGAUAGUCACACGUGGGGAAUAGACAGACAAUUCAUGUGGGGCUCAGCUCUCCUCAUCUCACCUGUACUCGAAGAGGAUACCACAGUCGUGCGGGCAUACUUCCCACAAGCUCGCUGGUACGAUUAUUAUGUGGUGGGUAUAACGAAGCAAAAAAUAUAUGUCUUUUUAAUUUUUGAUAAAUUCCUUACCAUGGUUUUGUCCGGAUUUGAGAUCUCCGCGGAAAAUCUGGAAGUAGCUGGCGGCAUAAAUCUUGCUGCACCAGCCAACGUCGUUCCGCUUCACUUCCGAGGAGGUUAUAUCAUUCCAACGCAGCAACCACAUAACUGCACUAAAUUCAGUCGUCUAAACCCGUUUGGCCUCAUAGUACCUCUCGAUGAAUCGAUGGAAGCUGCUGGAGAUCUCUUCUGGGACGACGGCGAUUCCAUUGAUACCGUUGAAAAUGGAGAGUAUUACUUAAUGCGGUAUAUGUUUUCAAAGCACAUCCUGACGUCAGCGUUAAUUCAUGUACCCACGAAUCACCCAAGUGCACUUUUGGAAAAUCUGGCUUUGGACGAUAUAACUAUAUAUGGACUAGAAAGAGAGCCAUCCGUUGUAAAGUUCAAUGGUGGAGCAUUGAACGCUACAAGUUUCGAGUUUGAAGCAGAAACAAAGGUUCUUUCGGUGAGGUCUUUAGAUCAUCCAAUGACAGAUGUCUUCACUUUGGCAAUCGAGUUUUCUGAGAGCCCAUAGAGAUAUUUCUGGGUACGUUGCAUGGUGUGUUGGAACGGAAGCCUUAUCGCCAAACUGUAGUCCUCAGUGAACGCGUCUUAACAAAAAACAAAACAAAAAUGAGAAUACAUGAUAGGUUUGGGACCCCAUAGAAGCAGAGCUUGUGAGAGGGGCCCCUUAUAACG